AUGAAGUUUAUUUUACUAGAUUCCAACCAAUUAAUAAUCCAAUGUUGGAAACACCAUUACCAAACCUGUCUCAAAAUCGUCCACCAUUAUAACUUAUCACUCAAACCAAUAACUGCAUCGACUUCAGCAGCAGCAGCAGAAGCAACAACAACAACAACAACACCCUCUAAUCCUAAUGAAUUUGAAUUUUAUGGAGGUAACAUUGAAGACUUUGUCUUCAAUCAAACACUUACAGGUAAUACAUCUACUGUUACCCCCACCAACUCAUUAAGUUAUAUGGGUGGAGGGUAUGACAAAUAUCUACUCCAAAGCAUGCUACUAGGUACAAAUACAACUGAUUACAAGACAGUUGAGCAUUUAAUUCAAGAGAGUAAAUUGCAAGAAGGCAAUGGAUACUUGAUUCCUAAUCAUAUCUACAUGACUAACCUAUUGCAAUUGCCAGUUUAUCGAGGGUAUAAUUAUCGCGACUCAUUAAUGUACCAGAACUUACGAGUGUCUCAGAUAAUUCAAAUACCCACAAUGGUAGUUCCAGAAAAGAUCCAUUCAGUAAGUCACUUGUUUGAUUCAAUGUGGAGUUUGUUAUCACACGUACGACAGUAUAAUGGGAAAAGAGAAGGAGGAGAAGAUGUAAAUGCCAAAAGUGUACAUCAAAUUGACAAUCUAAUCAUCCCAGGAAUAGGUACAGGAUAUGGACACUUAAAUGAAUAUGAACUGACAAAAAUUAUGAUAUUUGCCAUAUUUUUAUUCAAUUUAGAUUUAGGCUCAGAUAAUUAUCGAUUAAACCAAUUAAAGAAAUCAUUAUUGAUUUUAUUCUUUUUCAAUAAAGACUAUCGAUUAUUUAAAAAUCAUCAAGAUAUACAAGAAUUGGAAAGUUUGGUUAGUGAUUAUGGGAAAAAUGUUGAAUUUAAGUCAGACUCUGAUUCAGAUUCAGAUCCAACUGUUAUGGAACUAGAUGAGGUUUUCAAAUGUAUUAAAUUUUGA